AUGACGGGGGCUGGGGGCUGCGCGGCUAUUUGCACGCUCGCCGUCCCCAAGCUGGCUGUGGAAAACAAGCCCACGGGGCUUGUCCCCCUCGCCUCGGGGCCACCAGCCACAGCCGCCCGCCGCAACGAAACCGAAGAAGUUUUUAAAGUGAAGAAAUCAAGUUACAGCAAAAAGAUUGUAAAACAGUUGAAGAAAGAAUACAAAGAAGAUCUUGAAAAAUCAAAAGUUAGAACAGAGGUCAAUUCUCCAACAGAUGUCGAAGCACCACUAGAAAAGACAGGACAGAUUAAGGAUAUAGGUCAAGAAGAUGGGACUGCAAACAGUGAGCAUGGUGAAGAAGAAAUGGAAGUUGAAAGCGAGAAGGAAGAAGAAAAACCAAAAGCCGGUGGGGCUUUUUCAAGUGCUCUGUCAUCACUGAAUGUUCUCCGCCCAGGAGAAAUUCCAGAUGCUGCUUUUAUUCAUGCCGCUAGGAAAAAGCGUCAAAUGGCUCGUGAACUUGGAGACUUUACUCCCGUUGACAGUGAACCAGGUAAAGGCCGCCUUGUUCGAGAAGAUGAAAAUGAUGCCAGUGAUGACGAAGAUGAUGACGAGAAGAGGAGGAUAGUUUUUACAGUGAAGGAAAAAUCCCAAAGGCAAAAGAUUGCUGAGGAAAUAGGUAUUGAGGGAAGCGAUGAUGAAGCACUGGUGGCAGGGGAGCAAGAUGAAGAACUCAGUAGAUGGGAGCAAGAACAGAUACGGAAAGGAAUCAACAUACCUCAGGUUCAACCAAGUCAGCCUGCUGAAGUGAAUAAUCUGUACUACCAGAACACUUACCAGACACUGUCUUAUGGUUCAUCAUAUGGCAUUCCAUACACUUACGCUGCAUAUGGAUCAUCGGAAACCAAGUCUCAAAAAACAGAUAAUACAGUUCCUUUCAAAACUCCCAGUAAUGAGAUGACUCCUGUUACUAUUGAUUUGGUAAAGAAACAGCUUAAAGACAGGUUGGACUCUAUGAAAGAAUUGCACAAAGCUAAUCGGCAGCAAUAUGAGAAACAUCAGCAAAGCCGAGAGGACUCUACCAAGGCAAUUGAAAGAUUAGAAGGGUCUUCUGGGGGUAUUGGUGAACAGUAUAAGUUUUUGCAAGAAAUGCGAGGGUAUGUCCAAGACUUGCUUGAGUGUUUCAGUGAAAAGGUGCCUCUGAUUAACGAACUUGAAUCCGCAAUGCACCAGCUGUACAAACAGCGAGCUUCCCGCCUUGUCCAAAGACGACAAGAUGAUAUUAAAGAUGAAUCUUCGGAGUUUUCAAGCCAUUCAAAUAAAGCACUGAUGGCACCAAAUCUUGAAUCUUUUGGACGAGACAGAGUGAUCUAUCAAGAACAAGUCAAGCGUCGGACUGCAGAAAGAGAGGCUAGAAGAGCUCGUCGUAGACAAGCAAGAGAGCAAACUGGGAAGAUGGCAGAUCACCUUGAAGGCCUUUCCAGUGAUGAUGAGGAAACUUCAACGGAUAUUACAAACUUCAACAUGGAGCGAGAUCGUAUAUUGAAAGAAUCCAGCAAAGUUUUCGAAGAUGUUUUGGAAAGCUUUUACUCAAUUGAUUGUAUUAAGUCACAGUUUGAAGCUUGGCGCUCAAAGUACUUUGCUUCUUAUAAGGAUGCUUAUAUUGGCCUCUGUUUACCAAAGCUGUUUAACCCUUUAAUCAGACUUCAGCUGCUUAUCUGGACUCCUUUGGAGGGCAAGUGUCGAGAUUUUGAGACUAUGCUGUGGUUUGAAUCAUUGCUGUUUUACGGCUGUGAAGAACAGGAGCAAGUGAAAGAUGACGCUGAUAUUUCACUAUUGCCUACCAUUGUAGAGAGAGUUGUUCUUCCUAAAUUAACAGUGAUUUCUGAAAAUAUAUGGGAUCCUUUUUCUACAACCCAAACAUCUAGAAUGGUAGCAAUUGUACAGAAACUGGUAGAUGGAUAUCCUUCAGUGGUGAAUGCAGAAAACAAAAAUACACAAAUGCUUUUAAAGGCAUUGUUGCUAAGAAUGAGGAGAACACUAGAUGAUGAUGUAUUCAUGCCCUUAUAUCCAAAAAACAUCUUAGAAAACAAGAACUCUGGUCCAUAUUUGUUUUUCCAACGUCAGUUUUGGUCCUCUGUUAAGUUAUUAGGAAACUUUCUCCAGUGGUAUGGAAUCCUUUCAAACAAAACUCUCCAGGAACUGUCAAUAGAUGGUCUGCUAAACAGAUACAUUCUUAUGGCUUUUCAAAACUCUGAGUAUGGAGAGGACAGCAUUAAGAAAGCUCAAAGUGUAAUUGCUUGCUUUCCUAAACAGUGGUUCGCUAAUCUAAAAGGAGACAAGACUAUUUCUCAGCUAGAAAACUUCUGUAGAUACCUUGUUCAUCUGGCUGAUACAAUUUAUAGAAACAGCAUUGGUUGCUCUGAUGUAGAGAAAAGAAAUGCGAGGGAGCACAUAAAGCAGAUCAUAAAGCUUCUAGCAAGUAUCCGAGCACUGGAUCAUGCUGUGACAGUUGCGAAUGAUCACAAUGUAAAAGAGUUAAAGAUUUUAAUAGAAGGAAAAUAGAUUUUUCCAACAACUCAUUUUGAGCUUUAAAACCAUUCCUGAUGUGUAAUUUAUGUACAUAUGUAAAGUUUCUUAAACUGUAAAGUAUUGAUCUUUGUUUUAAUACAAAGUGCAUUCUUAUAUACAGCAUCCUUAAAAAAAAAAAAAAAUUGACUUUGAAAACAAAAAUGGAAUCCCAAGAUUGUCAUCUUUACAGAAAUCAGAUUUUCCUUAAAGUUUCUCAAAAUCUUGUUUACAAAAAUACUUUGUACCCAUGAUUAGUAGUCAUCUACUCCUGUUAAUUGUUCCAUGGUUAACUGGAAUGUGUAUAAUAUAUUAUGUGUAAUACAAUGUAUGCAUUGUAUACCACCAUGUUGCUUUCACACUGGAUAUAGAGAUCUUGUACUGUUGGAAUAAGCCUUUCAUUUGCUAAAAAAAUACUUAUUUUGACAAUAAAAUGAUCAUUAUUGGUCAAAAGGGCUGGCAAAACAUUCAAAUAUGUGAAAAUCACUUGAGCUAAAGAAUAGAGACACUUUCAAAUGGAACCUGACCAUUAAAAAGCAGCUGUGC